AUGGACUCAAUGGACUUUACUGUGUUUUGCAUUUUGACCGUUUUAACUCUGUUAUCGUUGAUUGGCGAAGGCAUAACUUUGACGAAUCCCGUUUGUAUGUUGAGGCCGUCUAAUAUUGAUAACAUGAAGUACUUCUUGUACACCAAAAAUAGACUGUCUAGAUUGGCGGUAGACGAGGACACAAUUAAACAUGCUCCGUUUGUAAACAGCAGAAGUCUUAUUAUUAUCAUUCACGGUUAUACUGAGCGCUACGACGACCCAUACGUCACUACCCUACGAACUGGCUAUUUAAACGGAGUGGCAAACCGUAACGUCGUCCUGGUAGAUUACUCCAGCAUUGUCGCCAACGUUUCCAUAUUCGAAUUGGGAACAUUGUACGUGAAAUUGGUACUCUGCGACGUACCGGACAUAGCCAAGCAAGUUGUCGACCUCGUCGUGUUAACGCUAACCUCGAGGUCCUAUAUGAAUCACGUACACCUGAUCGGCCACAGCCUUGGCGCUCAUAUAGCCGGCCAAGUAGGCAAACACUAUGUGCGACUGACCGGAAAUUUGGUGGACAGGGUGACUGCGUUAGACCCAGCAGGUCCGUUAUUUGAAGGAUCGCCAAGAGUAAAUACUCGCAUAGCUAAAUUCGUAGACGUGGUGCACACCAAUAUCAAUGUUUUGGGCUACGUGGAUCCCAUAGGAACUGUUGAUUUUUACAUAAACAACGGCGUGAUACAAACGGCAUGUCUCGGAGGUGAAUACAUAACGUAA